AUGUCUUCAUCAAAAUCAUCAAAAGAAAAAACUAUUCAAAUUAGACGGCAAUUUGAACAAUUGCCAAAGAAUUUUCAAACAAUUUUACAUCAUGUAAAUAUUGAUGGAACCAAAUUACUUGAUAAAUGUGAAGAAGGCCCUGAAGCAAAAGAGAAGUUGAAAUCGAUUUUAAUGGAAAUUGAUUUUAUUCAUCUUCACUUCAAAAAGGAUGAAGAUAAAUUAUUAAAAAUCGCAAGAGACUUUUUUGGUGCUCUUGCGAUUUUUAAACCUAAUGAAGAAGUGAUGGCUGGUACGAAAAGAAAAAGGACUAUUAAAGAUAACGGGAAUAAACGGGCAAAAUGUUAA